AUGCCUUCCAACUUGCGCCGGUUGGCCGCAGACCAUGCCGCCCUCCACAACGAGCUUCCGCCGUACUACAUGCUGUCACCAGAUGACGGACAUGUCGCCGAUGACCUGUCACAACUCACCAUCCUUCUGGCCGGUCCAGCUGGUACUCCAUAUUCGCAAGGUCUAUGGCGAUUACAUCUCAAGAUGCCAGCAGACUACCCGAAGAGCCCGCCCAAGGCGGCCUUCCGAACCAAAAUCUGGCACCCCAAUGUCGAAGAGAACACCGGCGCUGUAUGCGUGGACACAUUGAAGCGGGACUGGCAGUCAAAAUUGACCCUCCGUGACGUCCUCGUGACAAUCUCAUGCCUCCUCAUCAACCCAAACCCAGACUCCGCCCUCAAUUCCAGCGCAGGCAAUCUCCUCCGAGAAGACUUUCAAACCUUUGCCCACCAAGCUAAACUGAUGACCUCCAUUCAUGCCCCCAUUCCACCGAACUUUGCAACCGCCGUCCGUGAGGCAAAAUACAGAGGCGAAGACCCGGACUCCAUUUCCGAGGCGGAGAAGAAGGAGCAAAAGGAGACAACAGUCCACCCACGUCUACGCAAGCAACCUCGUCUGAACACCGAAAUGACAAUGAAACCCACCCGCAGAGCUCCCACUGCCCCUCCCACCAACCAACAACCCACUGCCCCAGCUUUAGCUCCACCUCCUCCCCCUCAAGACGAAAACAUGAGCGACAGCGAAAACGAAGACCCAGCCAGCGCAAGCAAAGAAAACAACCCCUCCCUCUCCCCAACACCAAUCCGACAAAAUCUCACCCCACCAAGCCCCCGCAAAGCCCUAGGCAAACGACCUCUCUCCGUCCUCUCAAUACCCUACCCGGACGACCAAGACACAGAAAUGAUGAUCAUCGACACAGACGACGACCAAGACCAACAUAAUCACCACUCAUCAAACUCCGAACAAAACAUAACCGCAAAUAAUAACCAUACCCAUCACCCAAACACACGCUCCCGCUCACGCUCCCCCCGCAAAUCCCCCAAACGCAUAUUCCUCGGCAAACAAGCCCUAUCACCAACAACCACACCCCAAACAAUCCCUCCCUUCCGACUAAGGGACGACAUGCAAAUCUAUGAGGAUGUGCCAGACCGCACUUUGUCCGAUUUCUCAUCUCGUUUCGGAACCGCUGGUCCUGGAAUGUCGCGCAGCGUUCAAGAAGUCCCCAGCCCGCACCGAGGUCAUGGGGGAACAGCGCCUCUUUCAAAUCCCAAUACAGCCAGUGCGAUGCAUCCCAUUUCAGCCCUCACAGCUCCGAUACAGUCAAAGGUCAUGAAAAAGGUUCCUUCCGGUCCUCGAAAAGGUGUACAGAAGGCGAAGCCCAGAAUCGGUGUGCGGAGACUUUAG